AUGGCUCGUUCUAUGCUCUCGCUCUUAUCGCUUGCGACUGCUAGCUUGGUCGGUCUAGCUUCAGCCGAGGAUGUGCUCUACAGUCAGCGUAUGUCGAAGCGUUUCAUCGACGACGAGGGGAAUUACAACAUUUCCUUCUACCACAUCAACGAUGUCCACGCGCAUCUUGACCAGUUCUCGUCAUCCGGCACCGACUGCACGAGUCCCACCGAGGGCUGCUACGGAGGGUAUGCCAGGGUGAAGACGGUAUUGGACGAUACGCGGCCAGAGCACCCCGACAGCCUGCUUCUGAACGUCGGCGACGAAUUCCAAGGCACAUUGUUCUACAGCUUCUACAGGGGCGAGAAGAUCGCCGAAACGCUGAACCAGAUAGGUUUCGAUGGCAUGACCAUUGGCAACCACGAGUUUGACGGUGGCGACGACGAGCUGGGCGACUUUCUCAAGAACCUAACCUUUCCCAUCAUCUCCGCCAACAUUGUCUCGGAUAACGAAAAACUGAAUUCAACCAUCAAGCCGUACCAUAUCUAUGAUGAGUACGAGCUGGCUGUCAUCGGUGUUACGACCGAGACCACCGCCAGUAUCAGCAGUCCAGGCUCUGGUACCACGUUCACCGAUGCCAUUGAGGCCGUCCAGAACACAGUUGACCUGAUAAGGAGCACCACCAACAUCACCCGCAUUGCCGCCAUUACUCAUAUUGGCUAUGAAGAGGACAUGCGUCUGGCACAGGAGACCACUGGUCUCUACUUUAUUAUGGGUGGCCAUUCGCACACCCUCCUAGGCGACAUGGAGGAUGCUUCGGGACCUUAUCCGACUAUUGAGCAGAACAAGGAUGGUGAUGACGUCUUCAUAGUCACCGCCUACCGCUGGGGCGAAUACCUGGGAUAUAUUGACGUGACCUACGAUGCCGAGGGCAAGGUCCUCGCAUACCACGGUGCGCCUAUCCAUCUGACCAACACCACGGAGCAGGACGAGGAUCUGCAAGAGCAGGUCGACGCUUGGAGGGAGCCAUUUGAGGAGUUCGCCGCGGAAGAGGUUGGCACGACGAACGUGGUCCUUGAUCAGAGCACCUGUCAGGAAGGAGAGUGUCUCCUUGGCGACUUCAUCGCAGAUGCCAUGCUCCAAUACCGCCUCGAUGCAGAUGCAGAUAUUGCGUUCGCCGUGACUAACGCGGGUGGCAUCCGAGCCACAAUCGACGCCGGUCCUAUCACCCGUGGCCAAGUUCUCACCGCGUUUCCUUUCGGCAACGCCGUCGUGGAGCUGACGUACACAGGGGAAGAGUUAUGGACCGUAUUUGAGGGCGUUGUCUCCGGGGUCAAUCAGAUCAACGGUGAAGAAGUCACGUCUUUUUUCCAGAUCAGCAAGGGUAUCAAGGUCGAGUACAACCCAGACGGCGAAGUUGGCAGCCGUCUCGAGACUAUCACGAUUGGCGAUUCGCCCAUAGACAACUCCACCACGUACACCAUUGUCACUAUUGAUUUCUUGGCCGGUGGUGGUGACAACAUCUUCGAGCCUGUGGAUGACCUCGUCGUACUUGACACCCUUGACGAGGUUCUCGUCGAGUAUAUCAAGGCGCAGAGCCCCAUCGACAUUGAGCUAGACGGCAGAAUCUCUACUGUCACUGGUGGGUCUGGUUCUGGCUCGGGGGACGCCACUGGAACAGCAACUGGUACCGCUUCAACGCCAUCAGAGACCAGCAACGGUGUGAGUGGUCUUGGACCAUGUAUUGCUCUGUUUGUAUUCACCCUCAUGCUAAGUAUAGUGGUGCUGUAA